GAUUUUUUCAGCAAAUCUGAUCCUUUUCUGGAGAUUUUUCGGGUGAAUGAYGAUGCAACCCAACAACUUGUUCACAGGACCGAGGUUGUGAUGAAUAACUUAAAUCCAGCAUGGAAGACUUUUAAAGUGUCUGUAAAUUCUCUGUGCAGUGGAGACCAGGAUCGCAAGCUAAAGUGCAUAGUUUGGGACUGGGAUUCCAAUGGAAAGCAUGACUUCAUUGGAGAAUUUAGCUCGACUUUCAAGGAAAUGCGAGGAGCUAUGGAGGGAAGACAGGUACAAUGGGAAUGCAUUAACCCCAAGUACAAAGCAAAGAAGAAGAAUUACAAGAACUCAGGCAUUGUCAUCCUUAAUCAGUGCAAGAUCCACAAGAUGCAUUCUUUCUUAGAUUAUAUCAUGGGAGGCUGCCAAAUACAGUUUACAGUAGCGAUAGAUUUCACYGCAUCGAACGGCGACCCGAGGAACAGCUGCUCGCUGCACUACAUCCACCCCUACCAGCCCAACGAGUACCUGAAAGCAUUGGUAGCUGUUGGGGAGAUUUGCCAAGACUAUGACAGUGACAAAAUGUUCCCAGCCUUUGGAUUUGGAGCAAGAAUACCCCCAGAAUACAAAGUCUCUCAUGACUUUGCAAUCAAUUUCAAUGAAGACAACCCAGAAUGUGCAGGAAUMCAAGGGGUUGUGGAAGCUUAUCAGAGCUGCCUUCCCAAACUGCAGCUGUACGGACCAACAAACAUUGCUCCCAUCAUCCAGAAAGUGGCAAAAUCUGCAUCAGAGGAGACCAACACCAAGGAGGCCUCGCAAUAUUUCAUCUUGCUGAUCCUGACGGACGGCGUCAUCACAGACAUGGCYGACACCAGAGAGGCCAUCGUCCACGCCUCUCACCUGCCCAUGUCCGUCAUCAUCGUCGGGGUGGGCAACGCUGAUUUUAGUGACAUGCAGAUGCUGGAUGGUGAUGAUGGCAUCCUGAGGUCUCCCAAGGGCGAGCCUGUGCUUCGAGACAUUGUCCAGUUUGUGCCAUUCAGGAACUUCAAACAUGCAUCCCCAGCUGCUCUAGCAAAAAGCGUUUUGGCUGAAGUUCCAAACCAAGUUGUGGACUAUUACAAUGGUAAAGGGAUAAAACCAAAAUGUAUGUCAGAGUACGAGUCUUCCAGGACACUAGCUCCAUGAACCUGCCUGCACUCUUUUACAAGAUCUAAAAAAAGAAAAAUGCUACUGUCUACAACUACUGUAUUUACAAAAUGAAACAAAAAAAUAGCACGUUUUGGUGAUUUUUAACUAAAAUAACCUCUUUUUUUUUUUUGCAUGUGUAGCCUAAAGGCUUAAAUCUGUUAAGSAGUUGUAUUGUUGAAAACUUUUUAUGAGGGAAAAAAAUCCAUUAAAAAAAAAGUGAACUCUUUACAUUACAGCAUGUUGCCUUGAAAUAAAAAGUUAUCUGUAUCUGGUUUUUAUACAGGUUUGUUGAAAUUUUGCUAAAUUUCUUAUAUUUACACUGUAAAGCAUUUUGAAAUAUUUAUGGAGAGUCGAUAGCCAAAAUGUCUUUGGUUUAAUCUGCUAUGAACUGAGAGAUUUUUCAAAAUGGCAGAUGCAUGAACUGUAUUUUGCAUGUUUAAAAUAAAAACAACACAGUUUUGCAGUUGUCUUUAUUUCUCUCUCUGCCACAAGGCUGCCUGCUUUCAACUUCCAUAUUCCAAGGAAAGGGUAAUAAAGUGAUCCAAGAGAUACCUGACAUGAAGCAUGGGCAUUUCUAAUGUUAGCACCUUAUAACAUGGGCACCCAAACAAGCUCACUCAGUCUGUGGCCUGAGCAGCAAUUUUUCAAAAGCCU